AUGGAGGAUUUUUACGAGACAAGAAUUGAAGGUGUGAAUGGAAAGAAAGUCGGUCUCUUCGGAGUCUUUGAUGGCCAUGGCGGAGCUCGAGCUGCAGAAUUUGUGAAACACAAUCUUUUCACCAAUCUUCUCAAACAUCCAAAGUUCAUCUCCGACACCAAAUCAGCCAUAGCCGAAGCAUACAGUGACACCGACAAAGAAUUUUUAAAAUCAGAAAACAAUCAGAUGAGAGAUGCAGGAUCAACCGCUUCCACUGCCAUUAUCGUUGGUACCCGUUUACUUGUAGCAAACGUGGGGGAUUCCAGAGCUGUUAUUUGCAGGGGUGGUAACGCGUAUGCUGUUUCCAGAGAUCAUAAACCGGAUCAAAGUGAUGAACGAAGAAGGAUUGAAGAUGCUGGGGGUUUUGUUAUGUGGGCAGGGACUUGGAGAGUUGGUGGUGUUCUUGCGGUUUCACGUGCUUUUGGUGAUAGGUUAUUGAAACAGUUUGUGGUUGCUGAUCCGGAAAUCGAAGAAGAAAAGAUUGAUGAGUCGCUUGAGUUUCUUAUACUCGCUAGUGAUGGACUUUGGGAUGUCGUCACUAAUGAUGAAGCGGUUGCGAUGAUUAAACCGAUUCAGAGCCCCGAAGACGCGGCAAAGAUGCUGAUGCAGGAAGCUUCAAAGAGAGGUUGA